AUGCGCCCUCUUACAGAACCAGAGACGCAGACAUUGUUCGCGAAAUUGGCCAAUUAUACGGGUACCUCGUUGAAGAACCUGAUAGCCCCCCUAGACAAUGGUCCAAAUGCAGAUAGAUUUGUCUUUCGCCUUCAUCAAUCCCGUUGCUAUUAUGUCCGACUUUCUCUAGCGAAUUUAGCUGUGUCGGUAUCAAGAGACAAACUGCUGUCGUUGGGAACCUGUCUUGGCAAGUUUACCAAGAGCGGGAAGUUUCGUCUUCAUAUUACGGCACUUCCAAUCCUGGCAGAACAUGCGAGGUACAAGGUCUGGGUCAAGGCAAAUGGAGAGAUGCCAUUCCUCUAUGGGGGUCAUGUUGUGAAGGCGCAUAUUGGCAGAUGGUCUGAGGAUUGUCCAGAACAUCAAGGAGUUGUGGUCUACAGCAUGAAUGAUACACCACUGGGCUUCGGGGUUACGGCGAGGAGUACACAGGAGGCGAGACGGUUGGAUCCUACGGGGAUUACGUGCUUCAGGCAGGCGGAUUGUGGGGAGUAUUUGAGGGAUGAGGAUACUUUGUUUGCUACUAGCUGA